AGAAAGCCGAGCUGGGGAGCUAGGGCGAGCGGAGGAGGAGGCACAGCGGCCGGUGGCCGAGCACUGCGGAGUCAGCCAGCGGACCGGCGCCAGCGCCCAGGAGCCGCGCGGGCCAUAGGAAGUACCCCGGGACGCGGCGGCGGCGUGUGCCUGUGGCCCGGUUGCGGGCGGCGGCGCGGGAGCAGCGCGGAGGGGCAGCCGGUGCGGGCGGGCGGCAUCAUGGACGAGAAGUUGUUCACCAAGGAGCUGGACCAGUGGAUUGAGCAGCUGAACGAGUGCAAGCAGCUGUCGGAGUCGCAGGUCAAGAGCCUCUGCGAGAAGGCUAAAGAAAUCCUGACAAAAGAAUCCAACGUGCAAGAGGUUCGAUGUCCAGUUACUGUCUGUGGAGAUGUGCACGGGCAAUUUCAUGAUCUCAUGGAACUGUUUAGAAUUGGUGGCAAAUCACCAGAUACAAAUUACUUGUUUAUGGGAGAUUAUGUGGACAGAGGAUAUUAUUCAGUUGAAACAGUUACCCUGCUUGUAGCUCUUAAGGUUCGUUACCGGGAGCGCAUCACCAUUCUUCGGGGGAAUCAUGAGAGCAGACAGAUCACACAAGUUUAUGGUUUCUACGAUGAGUGUUUAAGAAAAUAUGGAAAUGCCAAUGUUUGGAAAUAUUUCACAGAUCUUUUUGACUAUCUUCCUCUCACUGCCUUGGUGGAUGGGCAGAUCUUCUGUCUACAUGGUGGUCUUUCACCAUCCAUAGAUACACUGGAUCACAUCAGAGCGCUUGAUCGCCUACAAGAAGUUCCUCAUGAGGGUCCAAUGUGUGACUUACUGUGGUCAGAUCCAGAUGAUCGUGGUGGAUGGGGUAUAUCUCCUCGAGGAGCUGGUUACACCUUUGGCCAAGAUAUUUCUGAGACAUUUAAUCAUGCCAAUGGCCUCACGUUGGUGUCCAGAGCUCACCAGCUGGUGAUGGAGGGCUAUAACUGGUGCCAUGACCGGAAUGUAGUAACAAUUUUCAGUGCUCCAAACUAUUGCUAUCGUUGUGGUAACCAGGCUGCAAUCAUGGAGCUUGAUGAUACUCUAAAAUACUCUUUCUUGCAGUUUGACCCAGCACCUCGCAGAGGUGAGCCACAUGUUACUCGUCGUACCCCAGACUACUUCCUGUAAUGGAAUUUUAAACUUGUACAGUAUUGCCACGAACCGUAUAUUGACCUAAUGGAAAUGGGAAGAGCAACAGUAACUCCAAAGUGUCAGAAAAUAGUUAACGUUCAAAAAACUUGUUUUCACACGGACCAAAAGAUGUGCCAUAUAAAAAUACAAAGCCUCUUGUCAUCAACAGCCGUGACCACUUUAGAAUGAACCAGUUCAUUGCAUGCUGAAGCGACAUUGUUGGUCAAGAAACCAGUUUCUGGCAUAACGCUGUUUGUAGUUACUUUUGCUUUCUCUGAGAGACUGCAGAUAAUAAGAUGUAAACAGUAACACCUCGUGAGUACAGUUUAACUUCAUUUAGCUGUAGCUUUACUCAGCAUGACUGUAGAUAAGGAUAGCAGCAAUCAUUGGAGCUUAAAUAAGUACCAAGGCCCCCCCUCUUUGUUCUGUUUAUUUUCAGGGAUACCAUUUAAUUUAAUUGUAUGAUCUGUCUGCACUCAGUUUAUCCCUUUCUCAGAUCUCAGCCCCAUGUUCGUUAUUGUCAGAAAACCUGGUGAGUUGUUUUGAACAGAACUGUUUCCCCUCCUGUAAGAUGAUGUCACUGCACAAGAGCACUGCGGUGUUUUUCAUAAUAAACCUGUGAACUAAGAAAGAAGGUCAGAUUUAAUUUUGUCAGUGGGCAAGACUGGUGCUGUUCAUUCAAAAGAUGAAGCAAUUGAUCCACUUUGGAAUUUGUAGAAUUCCAGGUUAAAAAAAUAAAAAUCAAAGCCACUGUAUAACCUCUCUGGCAACUCCUUGGCGUUCUUGACGAGAACUCCGAGACUCAUCUGUAUCACAUAUACUGUGAUCUGUCCUGUUGCUGGUCUGCUCCUAUAAGCAAGGAGAUCUCUGCUGCUUCAGUGCGACUUCAUUGUUAAACCAUAGAACGCGAGAGUGAAAUUUUUAGGGUUUUAUUUAAAAUGGCAUGUUUUCAGGUAGAGCUUAACAAAUGAUGUGUCUAAUUAGUAUAGUUUCUGGUUAUAAAUAUAUUGCUGUGUAUAUUAAUGAACUCUUUGAAAUGAUUGACAGAUUGGUAAGUUCUUAACAAAUAUUUGUACAUUACUUGUCAAAUCAUGUGAUCUUAAGAGUUAAAUUUGUCUCAGAUAAGAAAGCUGUUAGAGCAUUAGCCUGUGUUAAGUUCUUUAAGUGGUAAUCAGUGAAACCAAAUGGAAAGCAAUUGUUGGAUCAUGGUUUCGUGUUUUGUCCCAGAGAAAGAAGUGGCACUUGACGUGCUAGUGCUCAACAUUGAAUGAAUUUUCCCUUCUUUUAUUCUCUGAGUAGCAUUGAAAAUGAAGACAGUUCUUCAGUAGGAACUGAAUAUUUGAUAUUUUAAGCUACCUGGGUAAACUUCAGGAUGCGCAAUCAUUAUUUGUGUGAGUGCAGUAAAUAAAUGUUUCCUUGCUUUGUA